CACAGGCACAGGGGAAGCCGCUGCCCUUGCUUCGUCAGAGCAAUCGAUGCCACCCUUGGCGCAGUGCUUGCUUCUCCCUUUGUGCCUCACUUCUCCUCUCAUCAUGGUGCACCUGCGGCUAUGAGACAACGACAAGACCCAAGACCAAUCAACACCUUCAUAGGAGUGAAGUAAGCCCCACCUUGGCCCCCCCUUCCGCUCAGCAGAGCUCAGCACUAGCGCUAGACGUCUAGGACGCUACUGAGGUCACCACGAGUCCGAUAGAGUCCCCGACUCAAGCUUGAGCAUACAGCUACCCAAUUUCAGCCAGCCAUGGAUCUCAAUCUCGACAAGGGAGAGGGCUCAUCCUCCUCACCCUCUACCCCCCGAGGCGCCUCUCUGUCCAACACUACUCCCACGACCACUCAUCCCUUGGUCGUCGAGGACGAACCCUACGGCCUGUAUGUGGCUGCUGCCCAGCAGCUGGAGACUUCAUCUCAGCAGCUAGAGCCCGCUCCUCCUCUGCUACUGUCUGGCAACGACGAUAAGUGUUCAGCAGAUGAGAUAGAGGUCAGCCAAUCUCCUGGCACCAGUGCAACCUCCAACACUGGCAUACCCUCUGGCUCGAGCGCCACUAGAUCGUCGGGCCUAGCCAUUGCAACUACCUUGACUCGACUUCCGUAUGCAGCGGCCCCUCAACCCCCGCGGCGGCCUCAAGCCGGCCGCAACGUACAUGCCUUCAUGCCACGGCCUGCAGUCGAUGGGAAUGCGCAGGAUGAGGCGCUACGAGUGCGGUCCAAUAUCCUACGAGGCAUGUGGCAGUCUCUCACUCGCCUCUGGAAGCCUCGCCUCAUCAUGUUCCUUCUGCGCAUGGCUCUGAGCAUCCUACAGCUCGUGGCAUGCUUGGUCGUACUCGCCCUCCCUUCCUCCCUGGGCAACUCGGCAGCUGGCGGAGACAUUGAUGGCACUCCCCCAGCUCCAGGAAGUCAGUGUGACCCCGAACCCAUCUUCAUCUACCUCGUCCUAUAUGCUACCCGUCUGGUGGUCUUGUUCCCCUUGGACGUCUAUCUUACGCUCAGCCCUCAUGGCAAUGCUCGGCAACGUAGACCUGGAGCUAGAAACUUUGCCCAGAGGGAGCGGAACAGGACAUUUGGAACUCUGGAGAGGGAUCGCAAAGUCGCAAAAUUUGUAGAUCUGCUAAGCCUGGGAUACUGCGUCCUCUUUGUCGUAGGCAAUUGGGCAGUCUGGACUAGGACCGAAUGUUCUCAUCGACCAGCCGAUUCGUUGCCUCUCUUCUACACGGCCCUCUCCAUGCUGUGCUUGACGUACCUCUACAUCCUCGUCGUCCUUGUCAUCACGAUUCUCAUCGUCUUCUUUCUUCCCCUCUUCCUCGUCAUCUUACGGGUGCUGGGAAUCACUCGAAGACUGCCUCAGGCGGACAUCAAGCCAGAUACUGCCAAGAUGGCAAAGGACGAAGUGGACAAGGUCACCAAGCUGGUCUAUUAUGUCGAUGAGGACGAGUGGCUCAGGAUGGUCAGGAACAGCAGGCAGGAGAGGUCCUCUUUGGAGCAAGUUAUGCCUUUUAGCGCAUGGACGAGCGAGCUGUCAUUUAUCGCUCGGCUCAACACCUACGUAGCGAGCAGCAUUGCAUUGCCUGCGUCGCCGUCGCUCCAGCCCAUUGCGGAGGAGAAGGAGCCAGUCUUCCUCGUACACGCACUGCCUGGCACGACUGUCAGCACCAGCACUGACAAGAAUGACUCUGAUACCUCGCCGACGCCGGGCGCCGACGCCAAUCGCUCAUCAGCCAAAGCUGGCGCCGCUAAACCACACCGCUCUCGCGUUAGGCUGGGCCAGAUGCUCUCUUUUGGUCGACGUCGCGCACGAACGAGAACGGCAGCAGCAGACAAGACGAUGGCGACAUCGUCCAGUCCUGCCAGUGUGUCGAUGCAAGCAAUCACGCCAAGAGUGGCCGAUGCAGGCGCAGAGACAAGUCUGGAUGCAAGUGGAAAUUUUGAUACCAACGUUCCAGCCCCUGCCGCCAUCGUCGCAGAUGCCGAUCGUCGACUCCGGUACCCUCUCCACCCACUGCCCUCGCACCGCUCCGUCUGUCCCAUCUGUCUCUGCGAUUUCGAAUCGCCACUCCAGUCCCCGCAGGCGAUCCAAGUGCACCAGCAGAGCGUCAGCUCCUCAUCAAGUGCCACUCCAGCGGUAGUCACCACCAUUGCGGAACAAGGAGCAGGAGAAGAGCCCGAGCCCCUCCGACUCCUACCCUGUCAACACGUGCUCCAUGAAAGCUGUGUUGACCAGUGGCUCACCACGGUCAGUGGUCGAUGUCCCAUUUGCCAGAGGCCGGUCUUGACUGCUGCUGGUGAGGGUGAGGGUGAGGAGGAAGAGGGACGAGAGGCAGAGGGCGGAGUGCUGGGGGAGGGAGCACCAGUGCGGGCGGUAGAGGUGUGAGUUGGGAGGUGUGAGAGGAGACGGAGCUUAGAGACACAGGGAGAGAGAAGAACAGUGCAUCUACUUCUGCCCUUGAGUCUUGAUCCUCGUAGCACCCUAUGCACGUACGUCCCACCCGUCCGUCCUACCACGCACAUUCGCUACUUUUACGCAUUCAGUAUUCAGUCCAGUCAUCCUUGUACCUUAUCUAUCUCUAUCCAUCUAUAUCUAUACAUGUAUCAUCAUCAUCUUCUUCUUCUCAUCAUCUCCAUUCAUCCACUCCCGUCAUUCAUUCAUUCAUUAUCCACAGACAGACAGACGGACAGACGGGCUUCGAAUACCCUUUUUUUCCAACCCUAUAUCCAUUCCAUUCCAUUCCGUUCCAUUUUUGCUCAUUCCACCACUAUCCAAUCCAAAAUGGAGUGUAGAGGAGUGAUCUGAUCC